GGCGGCGGCCCCGCCCCUGCCGAACGCGGAUUCCCACCGCCCCCUCCCUCCCCAUCCUCCAGCUCUGCCCUAUUGUUCUCCCUUCCCUCGCUCCCUCCCUCCGCCCGGGGCUCGCGUCCUCCCUCCGCUCUCCUCCAUCCUUGCCUCCUCCUUCUCGCUGUCCCUCCCGCCCCGCUCCGCUCCCCGGAGCUGAUGUCACGCACCCGCUGAAGGCGCGGGCGAUCAUGGCUGCUGCGGCCGCGGCCGUGCCGCCAGCUUCCAGCUAAUGCCCGCGAUGGAGCCGGCGAGCCUGCUGCGGUUCCUGCGAAAGCUCAAGGAGGUUUUCGACGUGUGCGACGAGGAUGCGGACGGCUUCAUUCGGGUGGAGCACUUCGUCGCCCUGGGGCUGCAGUUCGGCCAAGGGGAUGAGGUGGAAAAACUGGCAAAGUAUUUGGACCCAAAUGAUUUGGGAAGAAUCAAUUUUAAGAACUUCUGUCAUGGAGUUUUUGCUAUCAAAGGCUGUGAAGAGUUACUAAAAGAUGUCCUGUCUCCUGAAAACUCUGAGCCUCGACACUAUGAGCCACAGUAUGUUGAUUACUAUUACCAGGGUGGUGAAAUCCAGGACUGUGCCUACUUGGACAGCGAAAGUGCCUACAGCGAGUCAGAGCUCUUCCCUGAUGACGACACGAUGACUCUAGCACAGCAAGAGGUUCACCAUGAGUCUGACAUGGACAGUGCUAUUGAGAGUGCCCAGAGCUCGGAGGCCUCUGAUGUGUGUCGGAGCGAGGAGAAGGACGGUGUGCUUGGUGGCCUGUUUCUGCCUGGUGACAAGUCAAGUCCUCACAACCCUUCUGCAGCAUCUGACCUCUCAACUUAUUCCACCGCCUCUCUGAUCAGUAAUGAAGAACAGUUUGAAGACUAUGGGGAAGGAGAUGAUGUGGAUUUUACUCCCAGUAGUCCAUGCCCUGAUGAUGAGACAAGAACCAACGCCUACUCUGACCUUGGCUCAUCUGUAUCUUCCAGUGCUGGUCAAACACCCCGAAAAAUGAGGCAUGUUUAUAACAGCGAGUUACUGGAUGUUUACUGCUCACAAUGCUGCAAAAAGAUAAAUCUACUCAACGAUUUGGAAGCCAGGCUGAAAAACUUGAAAGCAAACAGCCCUAACAGGAAAAUAUCGAGCACAGCUUUUGGAAGACAACUCUUCCACAACAGUAACUUCAGCAGCAGUAAUGGCAGCACAGAAGACCUGUUCAGAGACAGUAUAGACUCCUGUGAUAAUGAUAUAACUGAAAAGGUAACGUACCUAGAAAAAAAGGUGACAGAACUGGAGAAUGAUAGCCUGACAAAUGGUGACCUGAAGAGCAAACUGAAACAAGAGAACACGCAGCUAGUUCACAGAGUUCAUGAGCUAGAAGAGCUAUUGAAAGACCAAGAGACAUCAGCAGAACAGACUCUGGAAGAAGAGAUAAAGAGACAUCGAGAAGCAUAUAGCAAGUACGAAAAAGAGAAAGGCACCGAAAUUGAACUGCUCAAUACAAGGGUUCAGCAACUGGAAGAAGAAAAUGGUGAGCUGAAAAGCACUGUCACACGACUGAAAUCACAAACGGAGAGAUUAGAUGAGGAAAGGCAACGCAUGUCAGAUAGGUUGGAAGACACUAGUCUGCGACUGAAGGACGAGAUGGAUUUGUACAAGAGAAUGAUGGACAAGCUGCGGCAGAACAGACUGGAAUUUAACAAGGAGAGGGAAGCCACGCAGGAGCUUAUUGAAGACUUGCGGAAGGAACUGGAGCACUUGCAGCUGUACAAGUUGGAAUGUGAGCGUCCUGGACGUGGCAGAAGCUCUUCAUCCAGCGUGAGUGAAUUCAACGCCAAAACCAGAGAGGUGGAAAUGGAGCAUGAAAUAAAACGGCUGAAGCAGGAGAAUCAGAAACUUCGUGACCAAAAUGAUGAUCUUAAUGGACAGAUCCUAAGUCUUAGUCUUUAUGAAGCUAAAAAUCUCUUUGCAACACAAACAAAAGCCCAGUCACUGGCUGCUGAAAUUGAUUCAGCAUCAAGAGAUGAGCUCAUGGAAGCCCUUAAAGAACAGGAAGAGAUAAAUUACAGAUUGCGACAGUAUAUGGACAAGAUCAUUUUGGCAAUCCUAGACCACAACCCGUCUAUCUUGGAAAUAAAGAACUGAAGAGAAUAUAAGAAGGAAAAGCAGCAACUGCCUGAUACUUCUGCACAUGCUACUGGAUCUAAACAACACUCUGAUACUGUAAAUUAAUCUAUAAAUAUAUAUAUAUACACUACGUGUGAGUGUGGGUGCGCGGGUGUGUUUAUAUGAUGUUUGGUACACUGUUACUUGUCAUUGAAUUGGCUUGGUUAGACUUUUUCCAUGCACUUUCAAUAUCUGUGAUAAGAUGGACACUGUAUAUUAAUGUAAUAACAAUAUAACUGGAUCAUGCUGUUUUAGAUACUGGACAAAAUGACUCUACCUCUAGUUGUAAAGGUAAAAAAGACAAUGGAAACAUAUGGAUGUGGCCCUAACUUUAGGAGCAAGAAUUGUUCUUCUGUUCUUCCAGGAAUUUGGGUACCGCAAACCAAUUAACAUACCCAGGUUCAGUUCCUGACUGGUGCUGACUGUGUAAUUUCCUAUUUGAUUUAGUUUUAGUACUUAAACCACACACAGGAUAAAAAAACCAAACUUUUGGGAAAGGGAAGGACACAAAGUAAAAGGGAAGAAGAGGAAGAUAAUGCAGAAUUGUUGCUAUUUGUGAAAAAUCACCAUCCACUUGUUUGCCACUGUCAGCACAAAGUGCUUUUUAUGUAAGAUCACUUUGGAGCCUGCUUUGGGAUGCUCUGAGCCAGCCUGCUCUUUAGCGUGUGUGCGCAUGUGUGGUUUUUUUUAUGCCAGGGUCCCUGUGGCAUUGAGGCUAAGAAGCUCUUUGAAUCUGUUCCCCUAUUUUCAGGGGUUUAUCAUGGGCCAUUAAGAUGAAUUCUGGGAUCCUGCCCCUUCCCCGCACCCUUAAUUUUAAAGAUUUCACUGAAGGAAUACAUUCCAGUUCUUAGAGAAAAAAACAAAACAAAUGGAACAAACAAAAAGAAAAAUUGCAUGAAAUAGCUCACUUCAGGGGAGGAGGAGCAGCCCUUGAAAUUACGUGCUGAAUUGCUUUCUCACCCCAGAUACACUGCACUCCUUUGAGAUCGACAUUUUGUGGGCAAGCUGUGGAGAGGACCGGCUGGGUCCUAACACAGUGGUGGAGAGAAGUCCGAUGUGGAGUGACUUUUAUCUAUAGGGCAGUAAAGAGAAAAACAGCUUGGUCUCGCAGAAGUUGCCAAUCCAGACUGAGUACACACACACAUAUCAAAAUCUCUGAAAAGGGAGCACAUCCUGAUUUAGAUGAGCAGUUGUGCAGGUGCUUAACUUUAAAUGUGUACUGUGACUGCUCAUGGAAGUCAGUGGGACAGAACGUGAGCUUUAAAGUUGAGUGUAUGCUUAAACGCUGCCUUAAGUAGGGAUGGACUUCAACAUGUACCUGUGUUCUCCUGAGCUGGAUUUGUGUACUGUAGGGGUGGGACCUUUUUAAUAAUAUAGCUUAUAUAAGGAGUUUAUGGAAUUGUUUGGAUAGUUGUAUGCUCAAAAAAAAAAGUUAUUCCAUGCACUUUUUUAAAGUAAAAAAUUUCACACUUUUGAUUCAUACCAACUGGCACAAAAAACCAGGCCCAAGUCUCUGGCUUUCCCCAAUGCAUAGAGAUGUUUCCUCUGUUGAAUACACUCCCCAGAAGAAUGUUACAGUAGCAAUGACUGUGCUUGUCUGUGUAUUUCUUGCUGUUGGCAGUCUUGCCCCUAGUAUUCUCUUGAUGUAUCUUGGUGUGUGUAUAUGUGAUGCAUUUUUCCUGAAUUUGAAUACAUAAAACAUGUAUUCAGUUAUGGAUGUAAAUAUAUAUAUAUUUUUCUGCUAUCUCUGUGCUCCUGCCUUCGAUGGUGUGUUACUGGAGUGAUGGGAAGGGCGGGGAAGUACUGAAAUCAGGCUUUCUUGAAGGCAAGAAAAUAAAACCAGUUUGUUUCUAUGUAUCUGCGUUAGGCAGGUGUAAAGUAACUGGAAAGGGACCAGAGGAGUAACUGUGGGACACGACAUCCCAGCGCACAAAGAUGUCUGCAGGACUUAGCGCUUUGGCAGAAACGGUACAGUCUUGUUUAAACAGCGAUGUCUCAGGGCUGGUUUCCUGAAGCUCUAGGGUAGUCUGGAGGAAGGGAUUUAAAGACUACUCCUUUGCCACCUGAGUGUGGUGUAAAAUGUUCUGUGCUAAAUUGCAACAGCUUUUGUUUGUGGAGAAGUAGGUGGAACACCAUGGACACCACACACACGCCUUUCCCACCCGCUGCUGCUUCUGGAUGUGCCACCCAGAAGGUAGGAGAGGAACAGUUAAGCCAGCUUGGUGCUACGUACAUCUCCCUGCCUACAGGACUCUUCGCCUGCACUUUAGUAAUGGCAUUUCCCUCUGCGUGGUGCUGUUUGUGGGCAGUGCCAAGGACUUUGCUCUUUUUAUAGGCCGUAGAGAACUGUUUCAAGUUGUCAGGUGGCUGUUGCUAACCUGCUGUGACAAGCAGGGCUGGGUGUGCCAGCAGCCCUGCUACUGGAGCUAACUCUUGCUUGGUAAGUUACUCUUCUGUCCUGCUCUCAUGCAGUGGAUUUAAGUAAGAGUGAAGCUGUUGCAGGUCACAUUGGUGACUGAAUGUUUUCCCCUAAAUAUUUUGAGGUAAACAGGACUCAGCUUGAGAAUUUUAAUAAUCUAAAACCCAUUCCUGUCAGGGUCAAUCAUCGGCAAAUGUUGAGAGCUAUUUCACUGAAAACUAUGCUGAGCGCUUGGGAAGCAGAGUCUCUGACUUACUUCACUGAGACUACAGAGCCUGUGGAUGAGGUCAGAAGACAUAAUCAUAGAGAUAGCCAAGUUUUUGUGCAGGUAACUAUAUGUAAGAGGUGAAUAGUCACCAAUAGUGACAAAUAGUCACUAAAUCUGGCUGAAAUACUGAAAGUGGCCCUCUAGCCAGAGGUGCCCAGCCAUGGAUUUUCUAAAGACUUGCAGGUCGUCUUGUUUAGCUCUGUAUGCAGCUGGUUUAGCAUUUAGAAGCUGUUCCAUGCUCCAGUGCUUGCAUUUGAAGAGUUGUCUUACCACCACGUUGGUGGUGUUUGUAGCUUUGUUUAUUGCAUAAAGGAGUUCUGCUCCUGUGGCCCCUCAGCAUGGUACUUCUUAAUGUUAUUGUUCAAAUACGUAUCCAGACGCUUGCUAUGUUUGACAAAUAAUGUGAGCUGGAGGUGGGAGAGGCGUUUCACUGGCAGAUACUUUUUCCUCUAAGAUAUCCACCCCCAAAAUUACUAAUCAGCAAUUGUAUUUUUAGACUGAGUAACUACAGAUAAUAGACCAACUUGUCUUGCAAUCCAAGCCUUGGAGAACUCUUCUAUCCCAGAAAAGAGGUCAUUACAUUUUAUGACACACAGGUAAUUUGGUAAUAAGGGAUCACUUGAUGGGUCCCUGGGGCAGGGAGAUGAAUUACCUGAUACCGAUGUUGCAGAGAGUGCAUAUUUUGAUCAAGUGUCAGACAGACACAUUGGCAGAACAGACAGAGGAGAUGUGGGAGAUAAGGAGGCACCAGUUCCAGUGUCUAUUCUCUGAUAAAUUUCUUAUUUCUUCACUGUGGGCUUCCCUUUGUGCUCACAGGCUAGCUAGGGAAGUACAGUCUGCCUCUGUGUCAGUGGUACUGUUGGUGGAACAAUGGCUUCGCUUCCCUGGGUAAAUAACUUCAAACACAGAAAUGUAGUAUCAUUUCAUUCUAGCAAUACUGAAAUCCAGUAAACAUUUUUGUGUCAAAACUGUGCUUCUCAAACCUCGGGGAUGCAAACAUAAUCCAAGGUACUGUAUCUUGAUCUGCUUCUUAGUUCAUUCUACUGUAGAUUCUGAAAAGCUAAGUGAUAUUCUGGUCAAACCAGUCACAAACCACUGCAUGUAUUUUUUUUUAUACAGUGAAAAAAAUGACUUUCUUCUGGUGAGCAGCUGGCCUUCAUCAGGCUAAUCCUACACACAAGCGACUGUGUUAAAAAUACCUCUUUCAAAACCUGCACUUAAGAGUACCUGAAAUGUAGUCUCCCGAUUUUUCUGGUAUUGGCUGCUUCCCUCCAGAUACCAGUCUUCGGCUGUUGCCUAGUUCUGGUUUCAGAGUAUGAUGCUGAUUGAAAACUCUCUUGACAUCAAAAGAGUAUUUUUCAGCUUUUUUAAUAACUUCUAUUAAAGACUCAAGCUGUUUGAGAAUUUGUCAUGUUUUGAAGUGUAACAGUGACAAACUGUAACCAUCCCAUCUAUUUUUAAGGAGUUUUUAAUAUGCAAAUUUGUAGCAAGUCUCCAAAAAAAAAAAUAUACUUCCUGCCAACUUUCCUUCUAUGGUCUUGAGAGAAAUUCUGAUGUUUCUCAGCCAGCUCUGUAGGGAAUUGAACACAGCGUUAUUAACUCUGAAAGAUAUACGUAUCAACAAAUAUUUUGGUGUCUGAAUACACCAAAGCUCCGUUGACUUCAGUAGAACUGCAUUACUCUCCAGAGAGGAUCUUGGCCUACAGUAUGUAGGUUCCCUCGUCUGGUUAGUAAUUGAAGGCUUGGAAGGUAAUAUAUAAACAUACAUUGUGGCCUGCUACAUCAGGCACUGUUCAGCGGUCUCUGCAUCAUGGUGCUAGUGACAUGUGAUGAAUCUAAGCACUAGAAUUUACAAAUAAAUGAAUGCUUUUUUCCUCCUUCUGUAAUGGCAGUGAAUAUACAGUGGUUUUCUCUUAAAACAAAUACUGAAUGGUGUGGUCUGAGGGGUUUUUUCCAAGGAAGAAAGGAAGCAGCAGCUGAUCAAACACUUGCCAAAUCAGUGGCUUGGCUUAUAUUGACUUGAGUGAAAACUGACUCAAACUUUAACCGAGCAGUUCCUGGAUUGGUUCUGUGUAAGUAGCAAUGUUCAUGUUCUCAUUAUGUCAUCUGUUACUCAAGGAACGUUGUCAGGAAGGCAUAACAGGUGAUGGGACACAGCUGGAUAUAGUUCAACAGUUGCUGGCAUUUUGUUCCUUUGCGGCAUCCUCAGGGUUGUUUUCUCAGUAUUUUUCAAUCCAAAAUAUUGAUCUUAGGAGCAGUUUGCUGUUGGAGCAUGUGGUAUGUGUGGGUUUCUUAUUUAAUGAAACUCUGCACGUGCCUUUAGAGCUUGAUAAGAAGUGCAGUAAGUGUUUGGUCUGAAUCCUGUAAUCCUGCAUAAUGCACUGAGAGUUGCUCUGAUGUGCAAGAGAGUCAUUUCUUUGAGAUUCUUCCCCAAUACAUCUUCUGUUGACAUUUACGCUCUUGGUCUUGUCCCCAGCCACUGUGCCCACUGUCAGAGUGUCUGUGUGCCUUGGGGCAGCUGCUUUGAGCAGAUGCGAGGGACAAACAAAAUUCUUGGCUUCAGUAUGGCUUUAGCUACUGAGAUGAAGAAUUUUAGCCCUGUCUUUAUACCAGGCCAGUCCUGUCCAUGCCUUUUGUGUGGUCCUGAAGACAAGUUGUCCCAUCUACAUGACAAAAUGUUGUAGCUUAUUCUCAUGAUAUGCAAGCGCUUAGGGUGAGUAAGCCUGAAGUCCAUCCUGUCCAUCCUGGUAAGGCAGCACAGAGGUGUCCCCGUAAGUUUUGCCUUGAUUCUGUAUAGCUAUCCAAUUGCAUGCUGUACUUACACACUGUUUGCAAGGCACAGCCCUACUAGCUUAGCCUAGCAAACAUACCUUAUAGAUAAUGACAGCAGCCCAUUAAGAUAGAAACAUCUGCAACUGGGGUCACUGUACCAUUGUUUGUCACAGUGCAGAGCCAGCUGACAGUGCUACAUUGUGUUCCUUAAACUUUUUUAUUUAUUUUUAGCUUACUGGCUUAAGUCUUGAAGUCUUGUUCAACUGCAAGAGUAGUACCUAUUCAAACAUAUAAUUAGAGAUUACUUUUUAGUUGAACUUUAAACCUAAUAAAAACAUAUAUUAACAAACAUGGACUACUUUGGUAUAGUUUGGACACCUACCCCUAGAAUCUGUAUUUCUUUUUUACGUAGGUGGUGGUGGUGGUGCAAUUGUGACGUCUGAGCUGCGAGCUUUUGCAUCACCAUGCUUGGCAGAGUGAUGUUCACCUUGGCAAACCCCCGUAGAGCCCUUUGUGCCCUGGCGAAGGGUGCGGAGGUCAUUGUUCUGGCAGACACACCUUCAAUACACAGAUGGUAAGGGGUGCAGGAGGGCUGCGGUUACUCUUCCACCCAGACAGUUGGAGUAGUGAUCUUCUUACACUACCCAAGAUCAGCCCCAUAUUACUUAAUACCUUAUCCAUAGCUAAAUUAUUCUGGCUUUGGAGAAAGGAAGUCAGAACAGGAACCAAGAAUUUCAUGUCGUGAACACUUUAGUACACUACAGGGCAGUAAAUGUUGCACUGACAGUAUGUUUAAAUACUGAGAUAUUUUGAGAAUUACUGUAAAAUCAGUUGUGGGAGCCAUUUGUUUUGCUUUGUUGUACAGACUGUACUUACAUUUUUUGCAUGGUUACAUAUUUUAGUACUUGUGCCUUUUACUUCUCUGUUGUGAGGAUGCAUUUUAUUUUCACGUUUUAUCUCCUGGUUUGGGCACUUUUUAUAUAUGCUUUUUUCAUUUGAUCUUCAUCUCUGGUUUUCAUGUAAUGUACAUGUGUAUAUAUAAAAUAGAUCAGUUUGUAUUCAUGUGCCUCCGAGAUGUAAAAAAUAUUCAUUUUGUACAGGUUUUUUAGAAGCACUGGGUCAUGGUCUAAAUUACCUAGCAAAUGAAAUUUAACAUAACUAGCAGUUCUUUGUCAUCUUUUAGAAAUGUUGUUUCAGAUGGCUGGUCUCUUUUGUAAGGCAAUGUCACACACACACUCCCCAGAUCUAUUGUUCUGGUGUCGUUAUGAGACCAAUUCUAUCCACUUGUUGGUUUCAGCUAAUUCAAAAUAAUAAAAUACCUAACUAAAUGUUAUGAUCCUGACUUGGCAAUUAUAGUUUUUAUUGACACUAAAGCAAAUUUGCUUCUUUUUAUACUUGAAAUGGACAUCAGACCAAAAUCUCAUUUGAACACAUUGCCCAUUUCAGGUUAACUACAGUUCUGGGAUUAUUUUUGUGGGAGUAGGUAAGUGAUUUACUUUACCCAUUGAACUGGACAGAGAAAUAACAUUGCCAAUUCAUAGACCCUCCUCCUUAGAGAGGGUAAAAUGCUUUGGAUUACUACUUCUGUUCCCUCCCUGGCUUCUGGGGCAGCUUUUCUUAAGGAUGGACCCUGGGUCUCCAUGACUGGAGGUCUUCCUCUCACAGAUUUCAGAAAUUGGUUGUCCUGCUUUUCGCAUUUUGGCAACUGUGGAAUAAACUCCUUCCCUUGGUGUUUGUAGCACAGCACUCUCCGGCAGCAUUUGGGAAGCUCAAUAGAUGCGCUGUGAGACUGGGCCACCUGUAACUGGCAACCAGGGACCUCGUCCUGGAUGUGCCCUUCCCUGCCACCCACCUUCUUGAGCUGGUGCUUUCAUUUCUUGAGUGUUGACCCCCUCAUCUGGUGAGAAGCUUGAAUUGUUCCCUCUCUCGCACCUUGUGGUUUAUCAACACCCCACUCACCAGCCCCUGGGCACAGUGAGAUAAUAAAUUGUGGUAACUCACAAGAAAGAAAUCAUCAAUAUCCCCUAAAUUUCCCAAAGUAUGAAGCUUUGAUCUAUAAAAUAAAUGGAGCAGAUUUUUUUAACUGGAUUUGGCACCCACUUGGCAGAUUAUAAAGCUGCCUUAGAAGCAAGGAGUUGAUUUUAUGUUUUACUUCAAAACCUGCUUGUUAUGAAAAUGAGCGAAGUCCACUCGCACUGUUGUUACUAAAAAAACCUGAGAAAAGCAGCCAGCAAAAGUGGUGUAUGACUAUUUUUAAUCUCGUUCUGUAAUUUACAACACAAGUGAAGUGAUGUCAGUACUGUUGCAAUGUGCCAUUACACUAUUUUCUGUGUAUUUUCUUGAAAUACUUUCUGGGGACAAUAAAGCUGUCCUGGCUAAUGUGGGUCCUUUCAGGUAGCUGUAAUGUACAAUCAGAUAUGUAAAUAAAUUAUUUGCUUUCCC